CGUCACGACAUCUCUUUUUUUUUUUUUUUCUUCUUCUUCUUCUUCUUCCCCUCUCCUCGCAGAUUUCCCAUCCAUCCCGAAACAAGAGGAAGAAGUAGGUCGUGGACGUGCGGCGGCAGGAUUUCUCGAGGCUCGGGCUGCUCCACGCACAGAACCGCGGAAAGCUCCUCACUGCUGGGGUGCGUGUGUUUCUCCGCAACGGUGAGCGCAGACGGGCGGCUCCGAAGCGCCACCUGAGGAUCGUGAUCGCCUCGCACGUCCGUUUUGAAUCAUACAAAAAUAAUAAAUCCCAAGACGAUGGACGGACAGUCGCAGGGCAAGCAGGUGACGGGCUACCUCCUUUUCUCCCUGGCCACGGCCGUCAUCGGCUCGCUGCAGUUCGGCUUCAACACGGGCGUCAUCAACGCGCCCGAGCAGAAACUGCGCUCGUUCUUCAACGACACCUGGCUGGAGCGCUACGGCGAGCCCAUCGGCCAGGGCGCCUGCACCGUGGUGUGGAGCGUCACCGUCGCCAUCUUUAGCGUGGGCGGCAUGGUGGGGUCCUUCAGCGUGGGCGUCAUGGCCGACCGAUUUGGCAGGAGGCGCUCGAUGUUCCUGGUCAACAUCCUGGCGGUGAUCGGCGGCCUCCUGAUGGGUUUCUCCACCACGUGCUCGUCGUACGAGAUGGUGAUCGCCGGCCGUCUGGUCAUCGGCCUCUUCUGCGGCCUCUUCACGGGCUUGACGCCCAUGUACGUGGGCGAGGUGUCGCCCACCCCGCUCAGGGGGGCCUUCGGGACCUUGCACCAGCUGGGCGUGGUCGUCGGCAUCCUCGUCGCGCAGAUCUUGGGCCUGGAGUCGCUGCUGGGCUCGUCGCGCCUGUGGCCCGCCUUGCUGGCGCUGACGGUGGCGCCGGCCGUGCUGCAGUGCGCCCUGCUGCCCUUCUGCCCCGAGAGCCCCCGCUUCCUCCUCAUCAACCUCAAGCAGGAGGAGCAGGCGCGCAAAGCGUUGGUGCGCCUGCGCGGCAGCGAGGACGUUAGCGGCGACCUCCAAGAGAUGAAAGAGGAGAGCAACAAGAUGGCGCUGGAGAAGAAGGUGACCAUCCCCGAGCUGUUCCGCUGCGCCGCGUAUCGCCAGCCGCUGCUCAUCGCCGUCAUGCUGCAGCUGUCGCAGCAGCUGUCGGGCAUCAACGCCGUGUUCUACUACUCGACGGGCAUCUUCAAGUCGGCCGGGGUCCAGCAGCCCAUCUACGCCACCAUCGGCGCCGGCAUCGUCAACACGAUCUUCACCGUGGUCUCGCUGUUCCUGGUGGAGAAGGCGGGCCGCAGGACGCUCCACCUGCUGGGCUUGGGGGGGAUGGCGCUGGCGGCCCUGCUCAUGACCGUCUCGCUGCUGCAGAAGGGGCUGCCGGGCAUGAGCUACGUGGCCAUCUUGGCCGUCAUGGCGUUCGUGGCCAUGUUCGAGCUGGGCCCGGGCCCCAUCCCGUGGUUCAUCGUGGCCGAGCUCUUCUCGCAGGGCCCGCGGCCCGCCGCCAUGGCCGUGGCCGGCUGCUGCAAUUGGACCUCCAACUUCCUGGUGGGCGUGAGCUUCCCCAAACUCGAGGAAUUGUGCGGCCCGUGGGUCUUCCUCAUCUUCACCGCCUUCCUGGUGCUCUUCUUGGUGUUCACCUUCUUCAAAGUCCCCGAGACCAAAGGCAAAACCUUCGACGAGAUCGCCCGCAGCUUCGGCGGCGGCGGCGCCCCGCCCGCCUCCUCCCCGGGAGUCGCCCGCCCUUGCCCUCCCGCGGGGGCCGACGGCGCCCCCCCGGCCAAGGGGGACGACGGGGAGAAGGAGAAAGCCCCCCUGGUGGAGAAGGGCGCCGGCGACAACACCGAGAUGGCGUCCCUCAGGGACACGUCCAUCGUGAUGGAGAGCGUUUAACUUCAGUCAAAGGAACGGGAGGAUUUCAACGCCCCCCCCCCCCCCCCCCCCCCCCAAAAAAAAAGGUUGAAAUCCUCACUUCCUUUGGCUGUCGACAGAUUGAAUCGAAAUUCCGACCAAAGUCGGUGGCGCUCGUGACGGUUGGUCGCCGUGACGACUUAAGCGCCUGGCCAGGGGGCGUGGCCUUCUCUUUGGAGUGCGUAUUAUAUUCGUCUGUGUGUAACUUUGUACGCUUAAUGUAGCCACGAGCUAGCGUGGAGGGGGGGGGGCUACUUUCCCGUUUUUCAUGCACCCCAUCAAAAGUCCUGUCGCGUGAAUAUUGAUGAUGAUAUUAGCCGUUGCGUCCCUACUAAAAUUGAAUAUUAUUUGAAAAUGUUUAGUAGUUUAUGAAAUCAUUGGUUAAUUAAUUUACUGGACAUAAAAUAUUUUUUUCUAAACGGGAUUUAUUUGAUUUUAGAAAAAAAAAUUUUAGAUAUUUUUAUGAAUCCCUAAUUAACUCUCAUUCAAUUUUUUUAAAGGCAAUAUUUUAAUAAUUUUCUCAUUUAUUGAUUGAAAGUGUUUAGUAGUUUAUGAAAUCCUUGGUUAAUUAAUUUACCGGACAUAAAAAAAAAAUUAUCUAUAGGUGAUUUGUUUGAUUUUGGAAAAAAUCGAUUUUAAAACAACUUGUAAUUUUUACGAAUCCCUGAUUAACUCACAUUCAAUUUUUUUAAGAAAAGAUUUAAAUAAUUUUAACAAUAACAAUAACAAUUACUUGAUUGAAAAAUGUUGAGUACUUUAUGAACUCAUUGGUUAAUUAAUUUACCGGACAUAAAAGAUUUUUUUCUCAAUAGUUGAUUUAUUUGAUUUAGGAAAAAUAACUUAAUUAUAUUUUUAUAAAUCCCUGAUUAACUCAUGUUCAAUUUUUUUAAAGGAAAGAUUUUAACUCAUUUUUCUCAAUUACUUGGAUUGACAAUUAGUCCAGUAAAUAAAAAAAAAAAUUAAGCGGUCCACAUGCUCAAUUUGCGCAAAA